AUGGUGGUCAACAAUGGACCUGCCGCCAGAAACAUCGAGGAAGCGAGUGAAACCUCGAUACUAGCACGAUUCGUCGACGAAGUUCCAUUCAAUAUUGGAGAUUGCAAUGAUCCAUGCAAAGACUGCCGCGCUCUCCACUGGAAGCUAGAACGACCAAAAGGAACGAAAAACGCGGAUGUUGUUUCUUUCCCAACGUGUUGCCAACAAGGCGCGGUCAAACUUCCUAGCCACCUAGCUAAGAGCCACUUCUUAGUUUUGAAAGACUUCAGGAAGAAUAUCCAACGUUAUAACAACGCUUUGUCGUUUGCUUCAACCGGAGCAAAACAAGACAUGACCGUCACAGGCAAAGGAGGCUCCUGGACUUACAAGAUCAGCGGACGGCUGACACAUCGGAUUGGCUCAUUGUUUGCUUCACAUGGCGUUAAGAAAAAAUUUGCUCAAAUGUUUAUGUUUGGUGAUGAAGGCGACAACAAGGGCUUGGCGAGAAGUGCAUUCGUAGGUGGGAAACUUGACCUGUCACUCCUUAGGCAAUUUCAGACUUUCAUGUACGAUCACAAUCCGUUUGCUCGGAUGUACAAAUCAGCUCAACGAUUGCUCAAUGAAAAUACUGUGAAAACUAUCAAGAUUAAAUCCCUGCCUAUCGCUGGGCGAGAUAAGAACCAGUAUAAUUUUCCUACAUGUGACGAGGUCUCCGCAGUCAUUGACGGCGACGGAGUCGUUGGGUCUCUCGAUCGUGACAUUAUACUGCAGCGUGUCAGUGGUAAACUCAGGAGGAUUUCCAAAUUAAAUACCAAUUACUUCUCUUUGAGAUAUCCCAUCUUCUUUAUGUUUGGCUCCCACGGCUGGGAUGAACAUUACCGCCACAUGAAUACCCGAAGUUUGUUACCAUUCCUCUUCUGA